AUGGCUCUUUCCGUCUUGCUCCUUGCCGAGGUUUGCAGUGCAAACAUUGUCAUCCCCGAGAGCGACAGGCUCAACCUCUGCUGGGAUCGAGUUUCAUGCAGUUUGAACAAGAAGGGCAAGUCGAAGGUCCUGUUGAGAGAUGUCUGUGGGCAGGCCAAGUCAGGGAGGCUGCUGGCAAUCAUGGGGCCCAGUGGGAGCGGCAAGACGACCCUGCUCAACGCCAUAUCCGGACAGAUGCUGAAGAGCAAGGGGCUCGCGCUAGAGGGGAUACUGCAGAUCAACGGGGUGGACGUGGCGAAACUGAGGAAGGCCUACGUCCGCCAGGACGACAUCUUCUACACUCAGAUGACGGUGAGGGAGACUCUGCGAUUCACCGCGAGGCUGCGGCUGCCCAAGAAGAUGGACCUGCAACAGAAGUUCGACAGGGUCGAGGAGAUCAUCAAGGUCCUCGGGCUGCAGAAGUGCGCCGACACGCUGGUGGGAGGAGGGAAGAACAGGGGGAUCAGUGGGGGCGAGAAGAAGCGGCUCAACAUCGCGUGCGAGCUCAUCGCCAGUCCCUCUCUCAUCUUCCUCGAUGAGCCAACGACCGGUCUGGACUCGUUCCAGGCCGACAAGGUGGUCAGGGCGCUCAAGAACCUGACGGAACGAGGGCACACGAUCAUAGCGGUCAUCCACCAGCCCAGCGGGAAUGUGUUCAACAUGUUCGAUGACCUUCUGCUCCUCUCCGAGGGUCGGCAGAUCUAUCAUGGGGAGGCCAAGUCGCUGCAGUCCUACCUCUCCCGCCUCGGGCAGCCGUGCCCCUCCUGGGUGACGGCAGGAGAGCAUGCUCUGAACCUCAUCAGCGUCAACCACGAGUCCUCGGUGACGGAAGAAGGUUCCCACAAGCUGAUCGACGAGCUGGCGAACGAGUUUGAGAGGAAGUUUGCAAUCAAGUACCGGAUCACCGACAAGGCCGGGGCACCAAGUCAAACGGUGAAGCCCCACGGCCCUGAAUCGAGCCUGUUGGAGCAGGUAAAAUUGCUGUUUGCGCGAUCAUGGAGAGAGAUCUCGAGGAACAAAGGCGCAAACAUCAUCAAGGCUGUGCAGCAAGUCUCGACCGCCUUGAUCUAUGGCAGCAUCUACUCCUUCUCCAACAAGCAAAGCUCGAUCCAAGAUCGCUUUGGUCUCUGCUCACUUGUCGCCAUCGGCAACACAAACUUGGCGAUUGCAAGUACCAUCAGGUCUUUUCCCAAGGAGAAGGCCAUCGUCAUGAAUGAUCGAUCCAAGAACCUCUAUAGGGCACUCCCUUACUUCGCCUCCAAGGUCCUGUCAGAAGUCCCCCUCAGCGCGGCUCUGUCUUGCUUGUUUGGAGGAAUUCUCUACCCGAUGGUUGGCUUUCAGAAGGACAUCAACAAGUUUCUCUCCUUCAUGCUCAUCAACGUCGUCCACUCUCUUUCCAGUUCAGCCGUUGGCUUAAUGUUGGGGGCCAUCUCUCCUUCUUCUGAGGUGGCGCUGGCGAUGCUGCCCCCCAUAGUGGUGCUGCAGAUCAUCUUCAACGGCUUCAACAUUGCUGAGGAGAACACCCCCAAGCUCCUCGCGGCAUUGCCGAAGAUGUCGGUUGUGAGAUGGGGCUUCGAAGGCCUCGCACUCAACGAGCUGCGGGUGAAGCCUUAG